CCUAGCCACCCCCCACCAAAGCUGCCAAAAAUCCCACCUUUUUACUUCCAAACUCUUGUCUUCUGCGCCUCACUCCGAGUCCUCUUCAUCUUCUCCAAUGGCUUAUUAUUCUGUUCUUCUUCUCGUCUCACACUCUCUAUUCUUCUUCUCCUUCUUCUCGGCCUUCGCCUCGGAGUCCUCCGACGUCCUCCUCCUCCUGGAGAAGAUAAAGCCGGCGCUCCAGGGCAACUCGUCGCUGGAGAACCUUCAGCUCUCCUCCUGGAACGCCUCCACCCCGCUCUGCCUCUGGCGCGGCCUCCAGUGGACCUCCUCCUCCGCCGGCGGCGCUCUUCUCCGCUGCAACGACUCCGCCGUCCGCUCCAACCGCUCCCUCGCCUCCGACCCCUCCCUCCAGCUCCUCUCCAUCCGCCUCCCCGCCGCCGCUCUCGCUGGAUCCAUACCUGCGGAGAUUGGGGACCUCUCGUCUCUCCAGUCCCUCUACCUCGGCGUCAACUCCCUCUCCGGUACGCUCCCUCUCGAGCUCGGUAACUGCCCCUCCCUCGCCGAAGUCGACCUCUCCGGCAACUCAUUCUCCGGCUCCCUCCCUCCCUCCAUCUGGAACCUCUGCGACCGCCUCGUCUCCCUCCGCCUCCACAGCAACAACCUCUCCGGCGCCGUCCCCGAUCCCGCCGUCCCAAAUUCCACCUGCGACCGCCUCCUAGUUCUCGACUUUGGCGCCAACCAUUUCGAAGGAGAGUUCCCCCAGUUCAUCACCGGCUUCCGUAGCCUGCGAGAACUCGACCUCGGGAGCAAUAGGUUCUCCGGGUCGAUACCGGCGUCGCUUGCCGGGCUGAAAAACCUGGAAAGGUUGAACCUUUCCUACAAUAAUUUCACCGGGCAGCUGCCGGAGGCCUUCGCGCAAUCAAAGUUCAGCGCGGCGGACUUCGAGGGGAACAGCCCCGGUCUGUGCGGGUCACCCUUGAAGAAAUGUAGCUCACACUCCGGCCUGAGCUCUGGAGCGAUUGCUGGGUUGGUGAUCGGACUGAUGACCGGGGCUGUGGUCCUCGCGUCGGUGUCCAUUGGAUGGGCGCAGGGUAGGAAGAGGAAGAACAGGGGAAAGAGAGGAGAAGAGGAGAUGGAGAUGGAGGAGGAUGGCAACAACGGUGGUGAGGGGAAGCUGAUAGUGUUCCAAGGCGGUGAGCAUUUGACGCUGGAGGACGUGCUGAACGCCACUGGCCAAGUUAUAGAGAAGACCAGCUAUGGGACAGUGUACAAGGCCAAGCUUGCAGAUGGGGGGACGAUUGCUCUUCGGCUACUGAGGGAAGGCAGCUGCAAGGAUGCGGCGUCGUGCUUGCCCGUCAUCCGGCUGCUGGGUCGAGCCCGGCACGAGAACUUGGUUCCCUUGAAAGCCUUCUACCAGGGGAAGAGGGGAGAGAAGCUCCUCAUCUCUGACUACCUCCCCAAUAGAACUCUCCAUGAUCUCCUUCAUGAAACUAGAGCUGGAAGGCCUCUGCUGAACUGGGCUAGAAGGCACAAGAUAGCACUGGGAGUGGCGAGGGGGCUCGCCUACCUUCACACAGGGCAGGAGACGCCGAUCACCCAUGGAAAUAUCCGGUCCAAGAACGUGCUUGUGGAUGAAUUCUUCGUGUCGAGGAUCACCGAGUACGGGCUCGACAAGCUGAUGGUGCCGGCGGUAGCCGAUGAAAUGGUGUCCGCUGCCAAGUCUGAUGGCUAUAAGGCGCCUGAGCUGCAGAAGAUGAAGAAGUGCAACUCGAGGACGGAUGUGUAUGCUUUCGGGAUACUGCUAUUGGAGAUUCUAAUGGGCAAGAAGCCCGGGAACGGGAGGAAUGGGGAGGGAGUGGACUUGCCAUCAUUGGUCAAGGUGGCGGUGCUGGAGGAGACGACCAUGGAGGUGUUCGAUGUGGAGAUCUUGAAGGGGAUAAGGAGCCCGACGGAGGAUGGGUUGGUGCAGGCAUUGAAGUUGGCCAUGGGCUGCUGUGCUCCGGUGGCGGCCGUGAGGCCGGACAUGGAUGAAGUUGUGAAGCAGCUGGAGGAGAACAGGCCAAGGAACAGGUCUGCUUUAUAUAGUCCUACCGAUACCAGGAGUGAGAUAGGGACACCCUUCUGAGUCCUUCCAAAAGUGCUUCCUUUCAUAUCUUCAAUUGUAUGACUCUACUAGCCCUUUCAAAGGAAGGAGGAGGUUCUCCAUUGGAGAAGAAGAUGGCCGGUAUUUUGAUCUUUUAAUGUUAAUGAUUCUAGAUCCGAAAUAUAGCAACUAUAUUUGCGUAUAUGGGGAGAAGGAUGUUAAAUUUUAUCCUUUCAUGAUUUGUAUUGGUAGGAAGAUGUUCAGAGCUGCAUUAAGAACUUCAUUUACUCUGAUCAUUUAGUUUGGAGCUUUGUUAUGGAGGAGUUGGCCUUUGAUAGCAUAUUAUUGAAACCAAAUUGAUUACAUAAUAUCUACUGUAGUUGUGAGCCAUUUUAUGUGGAAUAUGAUAUUGGAAAGCUCUGUCUUUUUCAUUUGGUUGGCA